UCCGCGUCAAUUGUGACUUUGAUUGACCUCGAUCUUGUGGCGCCAAAAUUUAUUUCCAUACAUACCACAAACAUGAGCUCGGUUAUCCGGUUGCGUUAGCUAAUCUCACGGGCGACUAGUGAUAACUUCAUCUUCGAUAAUUGCUAACACGCUAACGGAGGAUGUCUACGCAACCUAAAACACGAGGAAGACCACCAAAAUUGAAGAAUAUUCCAUGUACAUGGUGCGGAGAGACUAAACAACCAUUAAGGUAUGUUCUUCCCACGCAAGAUGGCAAGAAGGAGUUUUGUUCAGAGACUUGUCUGUCCGAAUCUCGCAAGACCUACGCAAGGAUUACUUGUGUACAAUGUCAAAAUGUGAUAGGAUUGAGGGGUACGCCUUUUAAACUAGAACAAAAAGAUGCUCCGACAAAGGAAUUCUGUUCCUCAUUCUGUUUAAAUGUAUAUCAGAAAAAAGAAACGCAAAUAGACAUAAAAAAAAAUAGCAGUAAUCCAGCGACACCAUCGCCUGUUCCAUCUCCGGCUCCAUCUGGAUUACCAAGCAACAAUAAUAUACCAACGACACAAUCUUAUACAAACACGAAUAAUCAUACAACUGUAUCUCGUCGUCCAUCAAUAACAUCCACUGGAACAUCUACUAUAUCGUUGCAAUAUGAAGCCUUUCAGACUUUUGAUUGGGAUGUUUAUUUAAAAGAAACAAAUAGCAAGGCGGCCCCAAUUGAAUGCUUCAAACAGCAUGAAGAGCCACCAUUAAAUGAAUUUAAGAUCAAUAUGAAAUUGGAAGCAUUAGAUCCACGAAACUUGACAUCAACUUGUAUUGCCACAGUAGUAGGUGUUCUUGGACCGCGGUUAAGAUUAAGAUUAGAUGGCUCUGAUAAUAAAAAUGAUUUCUGGCGGUUGGUUGAUAGUAACGAAAUACAUCCAAUAGGCCACUGUGAAAAAUCUGGAGGAAUGCUUCAGCCGCCACUAGGCUUCCGUAUGAAUGCUUCCAGUUGGCCAAUGUUCCUCCUAAAAACUUUAAAUGGUGCUGAAAUGGCACCAACCAAAGUAUUCAAACGUGAACCAAAGACACCACGCUCUAAUUUGUUUGAGGUUGGACAUAAAUUAGAAGCAAUUGAUAAAAAGAAUCCACAGCUUAUAUGCACUGCAACUGUUGGUGCAGUUAAUGAUGAUAUGAUACAUAUUACAUUUGAUGGUUGGCGUGGUGCUUUUGAUUACUGGUGUCGUUAUGAUUCUCGAGAUAUUUUUCCAGCAGGUUGGUGCUUCAAAAGUGGACAUCCAUUGCAGCCACCAAGACAAAAAUCAGGUUCAAGCAAAGGAAUUAGAAACUCUAAGGCCAGUGUUAUUCUUGUAGUGGGGGUUGGCCCUGUAAAUAACAAUAACAGAGAGUCUGCAGUUGCAUUAGUAACACCUGCAGGAUCCAAUGCUCCAUUACAGCCUGCUACGGAACCUGACACUAGCACAGUUAAUACCAAACCGCUUGAAAACGUUACACUUUAUGUCAACCAUAAAUGUCAGUGUGGGCCAUAUUUUGAUAUUCGAAAAGUGAAAGUUCUGCCAGCGCAAUUUGGCACUGGUUCUAUGACAAGUGUUGCAAGAGACAUUUUUCAAGCAUUUUUAAUGGCAGCCUUAAAUCCCAAGCAAAUGUUGGGUUUACUGAGAAAUGGUGAUGGUGAAACUGUAACUUUAAGUACGGGAACUUUAAAGAAACCUGCUGCAGUUAAAUUACCUCAUUUUUUGGAGGAAGAAGACUUCUAUGCAUAUAUUAAACAGCAACUUGAGGACCUUCGUGCAUGUGAAUAUAUGUUAACUAAAAGAAAAGAACCUUGCAGCAAAUGCCUCACACCUUCGCUACAACAACCACAGUCCACUAAUAUUGAAGAAACAAAUAACUCUGGAGAGAAACGAAGGUGGUCUUCGGAAAGUCAACAAAGCUUAACGCCAACUCAGCAACAGCCUGUUCAACAAACUCCUGUGGAAAGUAUGAACAAUUCUACAGAAUCUACACCUGCAAAGCAACCUCGCAAAUCUAUUCCUGAAUUAGAAGCAGCAACGUCUACUACUCAAUCGAAUGAAGCCACUGUAAGUCGCACUCUUUCCAAUGAACCGGGAGACUGGACUAUUGACGACGUAAUACAUUACAUAGCCAUUACGGAUCCAAUAUUAGGACAACAUGCGGAGUUAUUUAAAAAACACGAAAUUGAUGGCAAGGCUUUACUUUUACUCAAUAGUGAUAUGAUGAUGAAGUACAUGGGACUAAAAUUAGGACCAGCACUGAAGAUUUGUAAUUUGGUGAACCGUAUUAAAGGUAGAAGACAUAUGCUUAUGUGA